AAUAUUCUUCAGCCAACCAAAUAACUCUUUUUUUUAUCCCUAGCUGUCGACAGUAUGGCUGCUCAUAAUUUUCUCUCUCAUCGACCAUCAUAAAAAGAAGAAGAAAAAGAAAGUAAGGAUGCCGUAUAGAUGUUAGAAUUAAGGGAUUCAGGCGUGGAAAUCGAUGAUGAAUCGACAUCAUCAUCAUCUCCACGAGUUCUUUCUGUAUUAUCAUCGGCUCUGGAGAAGCUUGUGGCACGAAAUGAUGGGUUAAUUAGGGGUACUGAAUUGCUUAUGGGGAAGAGCUUGAGUGCUUUCAAUGGAAUGAGAGCACCAAGUAUUAGCAUAUCCAAGUAUUUGGAGAGAAUUUACAAGUAUACAAAUUGUAGCCCUUCGAGCUUCGUAGUUGGGUAUGUUUAUAUUGAUAGAUUGGCACAUAAGCACCCGGAUUCAUUAGUCGUAUCGCAUAAUAUUCAUCGAUUGAUCGUCACCAGUGUUAUGAUUGCCUCCAAGAUGCUUGAUGAUGUACAUUACAACAAUGCGUUUUACGCUAAGGUGGGAGGAGUAAGCAAUGCAGAGCUAAACAAAAUGGAAUUGGAGCUUCUUUUUUUACUGGAUUUCGGAGUUUCAGUCGGUUCCAGUAUUUUUGAGAGUUAUUGUGUCUAUCUUGAAAAGGAAAUGCUUUUAAACAACAUCAACAAAGUGCCCAUUGACCAUGUCAACUCACUUGAACAAUUGUGAGAUUGAUGCAUGCAUGCUCUCAUGAUAUGUUUUGUUAUUUCUAACUUACAUUAUUUUUGUUCAAUUUAUAAAUGGCUCCUCCAUCUUA